AUGCAGGAAGUAAAUAUGGCUUCAAUCAUCGACUCUACCAUGAACGCUUCCUCGCCAUUGAUGGGCGCCAGCCAUCCAUUCUAUCCUCUGGAGGUCGAAAUCGCCGCCUACCUUGCGAACGAGAUGACGAUGCAGGUACUUCUGUCCAUUUUCGUGACCAUGAUUCUCACCAUUGUUGGGGGAACGAAGCUCUGGGUUGAUAAGGUCCAUCCCAAUCUGCCUGGAAAGGAGAAGGCUGCUAUCUGGUGGUUUGUGAUUUCUGGCGCUAUCCAUCUUUGCUUCGAAGGUUAUUUCUCCGUAAACCAUACACGAAUGGCACCCGCUCAGGAUCUAUUUGGUCAGCUAUGGAAAGAAUAUGCGCUUUCGGAUUCGAGAUACCUGACAUCUGACCCAUUUGUGCUUUGCAUGGAGACUGUCACUGCUUUCACCUGGGGACCAAUGUGCUUCUUCAUUGCCUACUUCAUUACCUCUUCGAACCCUCUCCGACACCCUCUUCAAAUCAUCGUCUGCGUUGGACAAAUGUAUGGAUUGGUCCUCUACUAUGCCACCGCCAUGUUCGACCAUUACUACAAUGCCGCUGCAUACAGUCGCCCAGAAUUCCUUUAUUUCUGGGUAUACUUUUUCGCUGUGAACUUCAUUUGGAUGGUUAUCCCAGGCUUAUUGCUCGUCAGCAGUGUCCGAACCAUCGCACGAACCUUCGCUGCAUUCGACAAGAUGACUUUGGCGUUACAAAAGGGAACCAAUGGCAAGGCAAAGGGAUCCAAGAAGGAGCUAUGA